CUGCGCCCGAUCUUCCUCGCAGCCCUUGCGCCGACGCUCUGGGCGUUGUGGUCGCUAGGACGGCUACCCGUUUGUAACAUGGUGACCCCUUGCCCUGCCAGCCCGGCCAGCCCCGCCGCGGGAGCCGGGAGGCGGGACAGUCAUCAGAACCUCCGCGCCCCAGUGAAGAAGAGCAGACGCCCGCGCCUCCGGAGGAAGGAGCCGCUGCGGCCGCUGAACGCGUGUUCGCUCCCGGGAGACUCGGGCGUCUGUGACCUUUUCGAGUCCCCCAGCUCCAGCUCGGACGGCGCCGACAGCCCCGCAGUGUCUGCGGCGCGGGACUGCAGCUCCCUACUCGGCCCUGCCCAGCCCUUGACAGUGCUAGAUCUCCAGACCUUCCGAGAAUACGGCCAGAGCUGCUACGACUUCCGAAAGGCUCAGGAGAGCCUUUUCCACCCGCGGGAGUCGCUGGCGCGCCAGCCACAAGUGACUGCCGAAUCGCGCUGUAAGCUGCUCAGCUGGCUCCUGCAAGUCCACCGCCAGUUCGGCCUCUCUUUCGAGUCGCUGUGUCUGACUGUGAAUACUCUGGACCGUUUUCUCCUCACGACCCCUGUAGCUGCAGACUGCUUCCAACUGCUCGGGGUCACCUGUCUGCUCAUCGCUUGCAAGCAGGUAGAGGUGCACCCACCUCGCCUGAAACAGCUCCUGGCCCUGUGCGGCGGUGCGUUCUCCCGGCAGCAGCUGUGCAACCUCGAAUGCAUUGUGCUACAUAAGCUACACUUCAGCCUGGGCGCGCCCACCAUCAACUUCUUCCUGGAGCACUUCACUCACUGGCGCAUGGAAGCCGGAAAGGCUGAGGUCGCCGAAGCUCUGGAGGCUCAAACCCUGGCCCGGGGAGUGGCGGAGCUGAGCCUGACAGAUUACGCGUUCACCACCUACACGCCGUCUCUGCUAGCUAUCUGCUGCCUGGCGCUGGCUGACGGAAUGCUGCAGCACCAGCACGCGAUGGACCUGCGCCUGGGAGAGCACCCAGAGGCGACACUGCAAGACUGCCUGAGCAAGCUGCAGAAGCUCGUGUCCAUCAACAGCAGCUCCCUGCCUCGCAUGCUGCCUCCCCAGAUCUGGGAGAGGUGCAGCCUGCCCCAGAGCUGGCAAUAAAAAGCACCUCCUUGAGCUCCUUUUUAAAAUUCCCUGGCUCCUGCUCCGUGCCUUGAGGAGAAUAUGUAGUACUGAUCCAAAGAGAAGUUGAGGUCUCCUACCUGUAAAUAUUGUACAAUAACAGAAUCUUUAUUUAUUUUGCAGUACACAAGGGCAGGGUGACAGUUCUGGCUCGUCUAAAUGCUGCUGUUGGCAUGCCUGCCUGUCUGCCUUUCCCAGGCAAAGUCGGUCACUAGGUUGCCAAUUUCGGAGGCUCUUCCCUGCUCCCACAGUUUUACUUUGUAGUUAUUAGCUCUGUGAAAACAACCUGGCAAAGAUUUUAUACGCCACUGUUCCAGUAAGCAGACAAGUCAAGGUGGCUUGUCAGUAUCUUAAUCCACUCCAGUCAGGAGACUGAGCCCCCUCCCCCAUACCAGUGGCCCAAGGAGAAUGAGAGAAGUCAUAAUGGUCUGUGCUGUCUGGAAAGGCAGUGGCUACACUCACUGAUGUGGAGCUGGGAAGCUUUGGGGACCAGGCAGCCAUACUAGUAAGUGGGUGAAGCAAGAGACAGUCCCUGGUGCAACACAGGAAAUGCUGGAAUGCUUUUGCGUAUUGUUAUAGCUGUUGCAACCUGGGCCAUGUCCUCUGCAGCUACACACACGGUCCAGUUUAUACUGCAGCAUGAGCCCAGGGUAAUUAUGGUACGGCAGUAAUAAAUAUUCUACUACUUGCAACAU